CAGCACUGUCCUCAACGCCUCAUCGCAUCUUCCGCUUUUCCUUCUUUCCCCCUUUUCUCACAGCCCUGUUUCUCUAACAUCUCUCUCUUCCUCUCUCCUUUCCCAUGCUUUCUCUCUCUAAAAUCUCUCUCCCCUCUCUCUCUCCUCUUUCGCCAUGUGAGCCUAAGCCCUAAUUACCUUACCACCGCCAUGUCUCUUCGCAGAUCCUUUCUCUCUCGGAAGUUUUCUUCCAAGUCUUCCUCUAGAGAUCCCAACGCUCUUGGCGGAAUUCUUCCCUUGUCCGCCUCCGACUUCGAUGAUGCCUCCGCUCUGCCCGGAGGGAGUGGCGGCGAUCGCUUUCAGGCUGAAUCCGCUUGGUCUUCCAUGCUACCGGAGCUUCUCCGGGAGAUCAUUCAGCGAGUCGAGGCUUCAGAAGAUGGUUGGCCUAACCGCCAGAACGUUGUUUCCUGUGCUUGUGUCUGUAAGCGUUGGCGGGAUAUUACUAAAGAGGUCGCCAGGGCUACACCUCAUACCGGGAAAAUUACUUUCCCUUCUUGCCUCAAACAGCCUGGACCGAGUGAUCUUCCACAUCAGUGUCUUAUAAAAAGGAACAAGAAGACUUCAACGUUUUUCCUUUAUCUUGCCCUUACACCAUCAUUUACAGAUAAGGGAAAAUUUCUCUUAGCCGCGCGGAGAUAUAGGCAUGGAGCUCAUACUGAGUAUAUAAUAUCUCUUGAUGCUGAAGACUUAUCCCAAGGAAGCAAUGCUUAUGUGGGGAAGUUAAGCUCCGAUUUUCUUGGCACCAAUUUUACCAUUUACGACAGCCAACCACCACAUAAUGGUGCAAAGCCAUCAAGCAGUAAAUCAAGCCGCCGGUUUGCAAGCAAGCAAAUUAGCCCACAAGUGUCAGCAGGUAACUUUGAGGUUGGGCAAGUCUCUUACAAAUUUAAUCUUUUGAAAUCAAGAGGCCCAAGGCGAAUGAUAUGCUCUCUAAAGUGCCCAGUAUCAGAAGACAAUGGAAACAACAAAUCUUGUGAGAACUCGAAGAUGAAGAAAUCCGAUUCUCUUUCUUCCUCAUCUGGGUUGACAAUCUUAAGAAAUAAGGCUCCUAGGUGGCACGAGCACCUGCAAUGCUGGUGCUUGAAUUUUCACGGUCGGGUUACAGUAGCAUCUGUUAAAAACUUUCAACUUGUCGCUACUGUUGACCAUAGCCAGCCUGGAGGUAAAGGGGACGAAGAAACAGUUCUACUACAGUUUGGAAAGGUAGGCGACGACACAUUUACUAUGGAUUAUAGGCAGCCAUUAUCAGCUUUCCAGGCUUUUGCCAUUUGCCUUACGAGCUUUGGCACGAAGCUGGCGUGCGAAUAGUAGUAUAUUCUACCAAAAUUUGUUUCAGAAAAUGGGGCUUCAUUUAUAAAAAGGCUUUUUUCUUUGUACAUGGUGCUAUUGUUGUGUAAUUGUGACCACUUAAAAAAGAAAAAUUGAAGUUGAGAGCAACAAAACAAUAUUGUGGUGCUAGCAAGCACUAUGGCUUCUUUAAAUCUUUAUGUAUAUGUAAUAUAUAAUUAAAAGGGAUGAGAAUUGUUUAUUCACCUCAAUGUUUUUGAUUUUGUUGCA